AUGUUGAAACAAUUUACAGGGGUGUUCCUGCUGUUGUCACUUGUCUUCGCACAGAUUGAUAUUCAAUUGCAGGCAAAUUGGGAAAAUCCACCUUUUGCACUAAGAUUAUUAGAAACUGUUGCUACUGAAAAUGAAUCAUAUUAUUUAUCAUCAUUAUCUAAGAUUGCAGGUUUAAAUUUGAAUGAAGAUGAUGACGAUGAUGAAGGAGAGGGCCCAGCUUCCAAUGAUGAAGAAUUAUAUCAUUCAAUUUUCAAUCUUUUAACACCAAAAGAACAAUCAUUAUAUGAUAUUCCAUUAGCAAAUAAAUAUCAUUCGCCAAGAAUCAUUUCACAUUAUAAUUAUUAUAAUAAUACGGUUUUACCUAAAUUCCAAUCCAAAUUGAUUAAGAAAUGUGGUGGUCGAGUUCCAAAAACUUGGUUAAAAUUUAAUGAUGUUGUUUAUUGUAAGCCAGAUGAUGUAUUUGCAUUAAUGACUGAUUCUUCAAAUGAAAUUGAUAAAGAAAUUUUAGAAUUUGAUAGAAUCAUUGGUGAUCAAGGUCCAUUAUUAAUCUUGUAUGGUGAUGUUAAUGAUCCUUCUUUUAAAGAAUUCAUUAAUAAUUUAUAUGAUAAUGCUAAAUAUGGUAAAUUACGUUUUAUUUGGAGAUAUGUUCCACAAAAUAUAGAUGAACGUGAAAUUUUAUCAGGUUAUGGUGUUGAUUUAACUUUGAAGAGAACAGAUUAUUUAGUCAUUGAUGAUAGAGAUGUCAAUAAUAAAAAUGUUAAAAGAGAUCAAAUUAAACAAGAUGCUCAACAAGUGUUGAAAAAUCAAGAAUCUUCAAAUUCAUUUUUAGAUAUUUAUAAUGAUGAUAUUCCAGGUGUUAAUCAACAAGAUUUAAAGGAUUUAGAUUUAAAGAUUGCAAGUUUUAUUUCAAGUUCCCAAAAUCAAUCUGAAAAUUUCCAAAAUUUAAUUCAUAUUGUUCAAGAUUUACCAAAAUUUACUUCAUAUUUAUCAGAAUUGGAAAUUAAUGAUGAACUUUUAGAAUCAACUGAAUUUAAUGAGAAAUUAGGAUUAACUUCAGAUUCAUCUGCAAUUUUCCUUAAUGGAUUACCAAUUGAUGAAUCAGAUUUAAAUGUUUUCGGUUUAUAUAAAGCUAUUAAAAAGGAACUUUCACUAGUGGAGAAUUUUUCAGAUUUGAAAUUAGAUCCAAAGAUAACAAAAGAUUUAAUUGGUAAAUUUGCUCUUUUAUCAAUGGUUAAAAAUAGGAAAACUUUGAAAACAAGAUAUAAUAUUGAAACCAAUGAACAUAAUCCAAUUAUUUUCAUAAACAAUAUUGAAUCAGAUCCAACUUAUGAAAAUAUUCCUAAAGAUUUAAAUAUUUUCAAACAAAAACAUCAAUUUGGUCAAAUCCCACCCUAUAAAGAAAAUAUUCAUAAUGUUGUUUUCGUUAUGAAUUUUAGUGAUGAAGAACAAUUAUUAACUUUACAAAGAAUUUUCCAAGCUGUUGUACAAAGAGGUAUAACUCAAAGAAUUGGAUUCAUUCCAUUAAUUUCAAAUGAAGAAGAUCGUAUCCAUGCAAAUAAUAUUUAUUAUUUAUUAGAAAAUAAAGGUUUUAAAAAAGCUGCAAGAUAUGUUUUCCAAAUUGGUACAACUCCUAAUCAUUCUGUUGAAAAUUUAACAGAUGAAGAUUAUAUUUCUAAAUAUUUAACACCUUUUGUUAAGAAAUUUGAUGUUUAUGAACCAUCAAUUAUUGUUAAUAAUAUUUUUUAUCCAUUUGAUUCAAAUUGGCCUUAUGCCUUAACAAGACAAGUUAGUGAAGAUGUUAAUUUGAUCACAAGUGCAGUGUUUGCAGGUGCUAUCAAAGAAGGUGAUUCAAUUAAAAAGUUAUUAUAUGAAGAUGCUACAGAUUUUAGAAAUACUUUGAUUAUCCCAGAGAAUAAACGUCAAUUAGAUUAUAAAUAUAUUUCACCACAAUUUCAAGAAAUUAUUAAAGCAUCAUCAAAUUAUAUUUUUGAAUUUACAAAUACAAAUGAAGAUUCUGAUAAAUCUGCAACUUUAACAUUUGGUGGUAAUUUAGGUUCAAGAUUUGAAUUAGAACAAUUUUUAGAAAUUUUAAAAUUUACUCAAAAUGCAGAUUUUAGUUUAAAAAUUAGAAUUAUUGAAACUUCAAAAGAAGCUACAUUUAUUGGUAAAAUUAGACAAUCUUUAAAUAAAUCAAUUGAUCAUGCAAUUGAAGUUGUCCAAGGAAUCAUUGAAGAUAAUCAAUUCACAGAAUUAGAUUUUGAUCCAACUAUAAAAUCAUUAUUACAGUCAAUUGAUAUUGAUAGUUCUAAAUUCUUAUUAUUUAAUGGUCGUUAUAUUGAAUUAAAUGAAAAAAUUAUUGAUGAUGUAUCAUUAAAUCAUCUUGCAGAUUAUGAAUUUGAAAAUAGAUUAUAUUUAGCAUCUAAAGUUUUGAAAAAACAUGAAUCAAUUGCAAAUUCAGUUUCUCAAGAUUGGUUUGAAUCAUUUGCAAGUUUAAUUACAAAAUCAUUUUAUGUUGAAACUGAUUUAUUUACACCUGCUCCAUUACCAAGAUUUGAUUUUAGUGCAUUAAAUUUAAAUAACGCAAUUUCAUUUGGUGAUAAAGAUAAGAGUGAUAUUAAUGUUUUAUUAGUUAUUGAUCCAGUUGAAGAGAUUUCCCAAAAAUUGAUUUCAUUAAUUCAAUCAAUUAAAGAUUUAUCAUUUAUUUCAUUAGAUAUCUUGAUUCAACCUAAAAAGGAAUUAAAAGAAUUACCAGUAAAAAGAUUUUAUAGAAGUAAUUUCCAAUCAUCAAUUAAAUUUAAUAAAAAUGGUAAAUUAGAUGAAUCAUCAUUUGUUUCUUUUAAUAAAGUUCCUGAAAAGACAUUAUUCACAUUAGAUAUUGAUGUUUUACCAUCAUGGGUUGUUGUUACUAAAGAUAGUAUUAGUGAUUUAGAUAAUGUUUUAUUAGAACAAUCCGGUCCAGUAACUGGUAUUUAUGAGUUGAAAAACAUUGCAGUUGAAGGUAAUGCAUUUGAUGUUGAUACACUAGAACCUCCAACUGGAUUAUCUGUUCAAAUUGAAGGAUCAGAUACUAAUGUUAUGACAAACUAUGGUUAUUUACAAUUGAAAGGGAAUCCUGGUAUUUGGAAUUUUGAAAUUAAACAAGGUAAAUCAAGUGAUAUUUAUUCAUUGUUAACAACUGAUGAUUUUUAUAGUACUGAAAGAGAGAAAACCAAUGAAAAGAUUAAAUUUAGUUUAUUGAAUUUAGAUGGUGUCAAAUUAUUCCCAAGAGUUAUUAAGAAAGAAGGUAAAGAAAAUGAAUCAUUAAUUUCUUUAACUGGUGAAUCUAUUGAUGUUGUUCAAGAUGAAGAAGAAGAAUCAAAACCAAAACUUGGAUUUUUCCAAAAAUUAUUCCCACAGAAAAAGAAGAAACAAGCAGAUAUAAAUAUUUUCACAAUUGCAAGUGGUCAUUUAUAUGAAAGAUUCUUGAGUAUUAUGACUGCAUCAGUUAUGCGUCAUACAAAACAUACAGUUAAAUUUUGGUUAAUUGAAAAUUAUAUGUCACCAAGUUUUAGAAAAUUUCUACCACAUUUAGCUGAAAAAUAUGGAUUUGAAUAUGAAUUAAUCACAUAUAAUUGGCCAUCAUGGUUAAGAGGACAAAGAGAAAAACAAAGAACAUUUUGGGGCUAUAAAAUUUUAUUUCUUGAUGUUUUGUUUCCUCAAGAUUUAGAAAAAGUUAUCUUUGUUGAUUCUGAUCAAAUUGUUCGUACAGAUUUAAAAGAAUUAGUUGAUUUAGAUCUUGAAGGUGCAGCAUAUGGUUAUACGCCAAUGGGAGAUUCUAGAGAAGAAAUGGAAGGAUUCAGAUUUUGGAAACAAGGUUAUUGGGCAAAAAUGCUUGGAGAUGAAUAUAAAUAUCAUAUCAGUGCACUUUAUGUUAUUGAUUUGAAAAGAUUUAGAGAAAUAGCAGCAGGUGAUACAUUAAGACAACAUUAUCAAGCAUUAUCUAAAGAUCCAGGAUCAUUAUCAAAUUUAGAUCAAGAUUUACCAAAUAAUUUACAACCAAAAUUAAAAAUAUUUUCAUUACCACAAGAUUGGUUAUGGUGUGAAACAUGGUGUGAUGAUGAAAGUUUAAAGACUGCCAAAACAAUUGAUUUAUGUAAUAAUCCAUUGACAAAAGAACCUAAAUUAGAUAGAGCUCGUCGUCAAAUACCUGAAUGGACAGAAUACGAUGAUGAAAUUACAGCUUUAAGAGAAGAAGUUUUUCCAAAAGUAGAAUUAUCAGUGGGAGAGGAAAUAAAACCAGGGGAAUCCAAUUCUAAUGAUGAUUUAGAUCAUGAUGAAUUGUGA